AUGAAUUCCAGUCAAAUAUCAUCAGGAAAUGAAAAUUUGUCAUCAACUAUCAAUGAUAAUCGUCAAACUGUAUUAAAUCGUUUAAAUGAACGUCAUACACAGAAUCAACAGAAAAAAAUAUUAAACAAUGAAAAUAUUGAUUCACAUGGGAAUAAAAAUACUCAUGAGAAUUUUUUACAACAAUUCACUCAAUAUAAAUUAGCUAUUAUUAAAGAUUUAGAUGAUAUCACAAAAAAAUUACAAAAUUCUAAUUUACCAAUGAAUGAACGUACUCAGUUUGUGGAUGACAUUUUAGCUCGGUUAGAAAAUAUGCAGAAUUGGCUGAAUGAAACAUCAAUGUAUCUUACUUCAUUCGAUAAUGAACAAGCACGUUUAGAGUUAAAGGUUAGUGUCUGA